AUGUCUGCCUCGCCCGCCCCCGAGGCCGCUUCACAAUGGAAAGAGUACAAGAACGCCGAGGGGCGCGUGUACUGGUCGCAUGGGGUGACCAAGCAGUCGGUUUGGGAGAAGCCGGAUGAACUGCGCACGCCGUUCGAGCGCGCAAUGGGCAAAACUCCAUGGAAGCAGUAUGCGAGCGGCGGCAAACCGUACUAUGUCAACUCGCUCACUAAGGAGACUGUGUGGAACCUCCCACAGGACCUGGUCAAGUUGAAGGAGGAGGUUGAGGCGCUGGAACUUGCCAAGCGCGAGCGCGAACACCGCAAAGCUACAGGCCAAGCUUCACCCACCCCCCCGCCCGAUAGCGAUAGCGACGACGGCGGCGCGUUGACGCAUUACCGCGGUCGCGUCGCACCCACACGUACCCCCGAACCCGAGGAUGAACCGAUCACCAUCCCCCACGGAGGGUUCAAGAACAUCCCCGAUGCGGAAGAGGCUUUCAUGUACCUCCUCAAACGGGAGGGUAUCGAUGAGACGUGGACGUGGGACGCGGCUAUGCGUAAAGUCGUCCUGGACCCGCUCUUCAAAGCCCUCGAGACGCUUGCACUGAAACAAACGGCCUUUGAGAAAUGGCAAGCCCAGCUGGUGGCCGAGAAGGCGGCUGCGCGGGACGCUCGUAUCGCCGAGUUGAGGCCCAAGCUGCGCCGCCUAUUUGCACAGGGCGGGAUCAAGAGCUACCAUACUGUCAAGACGGCGGACAAGUUGUUCGCCGGCGACAAGUAUUGGCGCCGGGCUAAGGAGGAGCGUCGGCUCUUGUUGGACGAGUAUACGUCCGAGUUGGCCAACCAUGACGCCGCAGCCAAGAAGCAGCGGAAGGAGCACUGCAUCUCGGCGCUGACGAAGCUUAUCCGGACGCUGGAUAUUACUGUUGCGACGCGGUGGCACGAUGCGCGGGAGAUUAUCGCGCGCAGCGACGCGUUCGCUGCCGAUCCCCUGCUCGGCAAGAUGGAGCCACUGGACAUGCUCACUGUAUAUGACGAGUAUGCGCGUGCUCUUGAGCGCGAAUUUGACGAGGAGAGCCGGCGUCUGCGUGCUGAGGCGCGCCGGCGUGCCAGGAAGGCCCGAGAUGGAUUUAGGGCUCUUCUCCGCGAACUCCGUGACGCGGGCAAACUCACCCGCACGAGCAAGUGGAAGGAGACGCUGCCCCUCCUCCGCGAGGAGGAGCGAUACACUUGCCUCCUCGGAGUGCCGGGAAGCACUCCACUCGAGUUGUGGAUGGACGCCGUGGACGACAUGCAGCUCGCGGCCGAGGAGCGCGCAUCCAAGAUCGAGAAUGCGCUCACCGCCAAGAUCGAGCUCGAGACCACCUUUGAGGCCUUUGACAAGCUUUGCGCCGACUCUGGCGUCACCGCUAGUGAGGAGGCGAAGCGCGAGGCGCUGGAAGUGAUCCACGCGCGACUAGCCAAGGCCGCGGCGGAAGAGGCUCGUCGUGCUGAGCGGAGGCGGCGGCACCGCAUCGAUGACCUGCGCGACGCCCUGCGCCACAUACGCGGCCUCGACGCUGAGAGCACGUACGACGCCGCGCUUCCGCUCAUCUCCGACCUGGCUGAAUUCAAGGUCUUGGAGGACGACGACCGGCGGACUGCAUUUGAAAAACAUACCCGCCGACUGAGGGACAAGGCGCGCACCGACUCGCGCGACCGACGGAUGAGUAUCGAUUCCGACCGGGAUCGGGAUCGGGACAGGCGCCGCGAGCUGUGGGACAAGGACCGUGAUAGGGACAGGGAUUGGCGUGAUCGCCGCGACCGGGAUCGCGAGAGGGAUCGUGACAGGGAGAGAGAGAGGGAGAGGGAUCGCGAGAGGGAUAGGCGCGAGCACGACCGGCAGAGGGAGCGGAGACGCGAUCGGAGCGAGGACGACCGUGAGCGCGAGACUAAGCGUCGUCGUGUGUCGCCUGCGUCGUCGCGGGCCGACAAGGAGGAGGGCGAGAUAUAG